AUGACCCACCCCAGCCACUGUCCACCCACGAUGGCACUCCGGCCGACCGACGAGCCCAGCAGCACCCCCUUCCGCCACCACAGACACCCCUCGAAUGCCUCAGAGUCCUCCGCCAACUCGCUCCCCCUAGAAAACGGCCAGCAGGAGAGCUGCACCCGGCCAGCCAGCUUCGUCGACGAGCCCCUGCCCAUGGAGGGCCACUUCGCAACCAUGGACCUCCACUCCUCCCCCAGCCAGCUCAGCAGCUAUCUGCCCGCACCCCCCGCCGAGAACCACCCCUUCCGGUACGAUACCCUCACCUGGGCAAAGGAACACCCGCCCUUCCCAGACCCACAGGACACCAUCCUCGCAACCGCAGGCAUCUACCCCAAACAGAACAGCCUCGCCUCCAUCCUCGACCCUCUCAACCCGCACGACCAGCAGGCCUUGCACUCAUACCAGCAGAACACCAACAGCUCCCCUGAUCGACCGGCCUCAGCCUACCUCAACCCACAGCAGCAAGCGGCCCUCGACGAGAACAACACCCCUCAGAUCCCCACCAUCACCACCCACACCAUACCCUCCAACCCCACCUCGCCCCUGCUGCGUCUCAACAUGAACCACCCUGCGAUGCCCACCGGACCCAGCAUCUCCCUCACCUCGGCCACCCCACUGACUGCCAAGCCAAGCCAACAGAUCCCCAACCUGUUCAACGACCAUGCUCUGGCUGGCUCCUCCUCUCAGUCGAAUACCACCGACACCCUCCUCCAAUCACUGAUCAACAACAACAACAGUAAUAACAACGAUCUCUUUCAAUCACUCGUCUCCCAUCCCAGAACUACCUCCCAGAACAGCCAGCAUCAACAUAACCCAUUCCUCAGCCCUCGUCCCGUCCGAGCCCGUCAACGGUCCAAGUCCGAAUCCAUGGGCAACCAACAAUCCAUGCCGAUCGGAACCGACCCUCUCAAGUCAUUCUUCUCCUCUGCCAACCCACCCCCACCGAUCACCCAUCGCCAGACCACCCUGGGCGCCCAGCUCCUCCAAGCCUCCAGCCCCUCCGAUACCCCACCCUCGCGUGCACUCGAGAGCCAGGGCCAGAUCAUCCAGCAGCUCACCGACUCCUCCUACCUCCAAGAGCUGCUCGAGGAGUUCACCGCCAAGAAGCAGCCGGCCGACCUCGCCGGCCCCAGCUUCCAGUCCAUGCUCCGCCCAGCCAACCCGCUCCACCAUCGCCGCUCACACUCGGUCAGUCAUCCGGCCGGCCAUCGCCGGGGCCGCUCGGACGCCGGCCCGAUGGCCACCCCCUUCGACGCCUUCAUCCCCCAGCUCUUCUCCCCCGCAUCCUCCUCCCAACAAGCCUACGCCGCCAACGCACUCAGCCCACACCACACCGCCCCCUCGCUCGCCGCCCAACAGGGGCUACUCUUACCCGACUCGGGCUGGUCGUUCCGCUCCAAAACUACCGCCGCCACCAAGGCCGCCGCUAUCCGGCGACGGAAGGUCGGCGUCGCCGCUAGGUACAUCUGCGAGAUGUGCGGCGAAUCGUUCACUAGGCGCUACAACCUUAGAGGUCAUCAACGGGCGCAUAAGGGCGAGAAACCAUUCGCAUGUGGAUACCCAGGAUGUACCUCUCGAUUUGCAAGGGCACACGACCAGAAACGCCAUUACAAGCUCCAUCUGGGCGUCAAAGAUUACAGCUGUCCGGUGUGUCAAAAGACGUUCAUCCGACUCGACGCGUUACAAAGACAUCACAAGUCGGAUGCCGGUCAGGCUUGUUUCCAGGAACUUCAGCAGCUCGCUUCUUCCUCGGGAACAACGAUAGCAGGGAUUUGUGGGCUGGAAAAGGCCUCGGAGUUCGAGAACACCGGCGCGUUCGACGGCGCUCAUGGCCCUCCCGGAGACCUCGACGAGACUCCUGGAAGCGCAUCGUUUGGCGACCCCUUCGGCUUCCAUCAGCAACAGCAACAACAUCUUGCUCACCAACAACACGCGCUCGAUCCCCAGCGGGACCAUUCGCGGGAUCACCAACACCAGCAACAGCACAUCCAUUGCUUGGCGUCCGGCCAAUAG